AUGGCAGACUCGUUGGCCUCUUUUGCUAAGCGUAUUGGCCUCUCCGAUUCGCACGCAAAGGCGCUGCAAUCGCAACAUGGUAGUUCUUGGUCAAACGACACCCAGCCCGACGAGAACCUCAAGAUCGCUUGCCAAGUAGCCCAAUUAAUUCUUGGGCUUGACCAAGUUGAGACUUCGCCCGUGAACCAAACUAUAGUCAAGGAAAACUGGUCAUUGGCUUGUGUCGCCCAGCCUUACUGUGUAUUCUUGCCACGCAACUCUAGUGAUGUCUCCAAGAUCCUACAGAUAAUUGAUUACUUCAAGAUCAAGUUCGCGGUAAGAUCCGGGGGUCACUCUCCGAACCCUGGCUGGUCCAGCAUUGACAGCUCAGGAAUUCUGGUCUCUUUGGAGAGACUUAAUCAGGUCACGCUUUCAGACGACAAAUCUGUUGCGAGCGUCGGACCAGGUGGUCGCUGGGGUGAUGUGGACGCUACUUUGACCCCCUUCAACGUGACUGUUCUUGGUGGUAGAGCCGGCCCUGUAGGCGUCGGCGGUCUCCUGCUCGGAGGUGGCUACCACUAUCUAGCCGCAGAACAUGGACUUUCUGCAGAUAACGUGAAGAACUUCGAGAUUGUUCUGGCAGAUGGCAACAUCACAAACGCUAAUGCCACAGACAAUUCCGAUCUAUUCUGGGCUCUCAAGGGCGGCGGUCCAAACUUUGGCAUAGUCACGCGAUAUGAUCUAUACACAUACCCACUCACGGCAACGUGGCUACAGCUCGGAAUCUACCCCAUAGACCAAGCUCAGAAGACCCUGGAGGCCUUUGCGACAUGGCAGAAGGACGGAGGCAGCAACCCCAAGAGCAACGUCAUUUUGACCAUUACCUUGGACGCUGUCAUCAUCGGACUGACCUACAACGAGCCUUUAUCUGGGCCGCCGGAUGUUUUCGCGCCGUUCUCCGAGCUGACGCCCUUGCAAAUGCUGAUCCCGCCAUCCAAUAAUACAUUCUCAAUCAUAUACGAGAUUGGAAAUUCUAUCCUUCCAGCGGAGCACUUGCGACAUGAUUACAGAGGGGUUGCCUCACAAGUUGAUGCCCAGCUUUACAUAGAUGUCUAUAAUUUCUGGCGAGAAAAGGCUCUCGACGUUCGUAAUUCGACGGGUGCAGACCAGGCUUUUGUUCUGCAGCACGUUCCAGAGAGCUUGGUCGCUCAGGGCAUCGCCAAGGGUGGCAACGCCUUGAAUAUCCCGCAAUUUACUCAUCAAUGGUGGACGACCUUGGUUGAUUGGACCAACGCCAAGGACGACGAUGUGGUGAGAUCCGUAGCGAUUGACACCACUGCAAAGUGGAAGGAAUUGUCUGCAGAACGCGGCCUGGAUGUUGCGUUCUUGUACAUGAAUGAUGCUUCAAGAGAUCAGAAUCCAAUUGCGACAUAUGGAAUUGAUAAUGUCAACAAGUUAAAGUCGAUUGCGCAGAAAUACGACAAGAGCGGGUUGUUCCAGACUCAACAGAAUGGCGGUUUCUUGUUAUCGAAAGUUUGA